AUGUCCAGCGUCACCAGCCUCGAAACACACGACUCUACGGGUCCUCAUCUCGGUACUGUCCUCGUUGUAGGUGGCUGUGGCUUCCUCGGACACCAUGUCGUCAAGUUCUUGCUCGAUGAACCAAGCUGCACCUCUGUCGCUGUUAUGUCGCGUCGUCCCACUACAAAGCACUUCCCAGGCCAAGUCCGUCUCGUCUUGGAGCAAGUCAAACCUCACGUCAUCAUCAAUACUGCGUCCCCUCACGCAUACAUCGAUCACUCUCUUGUCCCCCAGACCUUCCGUGUCAACAUCGAAGGCAAUCAAAAUCUUCUCGAAGUAGCUGCCGAGGUUGGAACCGUCAAGGCAUAUGUGUACACCUCCUCUGGACCUAUCAUCGCCGGAACUGGUGGAGCAUAUGACCACGCUGACGAAAACUACCCAACCUUGGCCGUGCCCGUCAUUCGCAAAGGAGACCCUUACCACGUUGCCAAGGCUAUUGGUGACAAGUUGGUUCUGGAGGCAAACGGCAAGAAUGGUAUCCGUACCUGCACCGUCCGACCAACAGCACUCUACGGUGAGGGUGACUUCCAGAAUGUGGUUCCCACCAUGCAAGCUUUGGAGGAUGGCAACCACAAGAUCUGGAUGGGCUACAACGACAUCUUCAUGGAUGUUGUCUAUGUAGGCCACGUCGCCAGACUCGAGCUCCUUGCUGCGAAAGCUCUUCUUGCUGGUAUCACCGAUCCAACUGCCCCCAAGGUUGACGGAGAAGCCUUCAACAUUACCGAUGACCAGCCCGCCUACCCUCUCAACUUCUUCCGCAAGUAUUGGGCAAUCGCUGGUGAUAAGACUCCUCUCUCUAGCGUUUGGUUGAUCCCUCCCCCAGUCGUCAUGUUCCUUGCCAACAGUGCUGAGUUCAUUACUUGGGCUAUGAGCUGGGGAAAGAAGAGACCUAAGCUGUUGAUCAAGGAGCGUAUGGAGUUCAUUCUCUAUACUCGUACCUAUUCGAUCAAGAAGGCUCGUGAGCGCUUGGGAUUCAAGCCGUGGGAGAAGCAACCAAAGGAGGACUUCAGCAGUGAGGAGCUUCGUCGUAUCAUCGAUGGUUUCGCGACUGUCUUCGAGCAACACAACCAUGACGAAAUCCAGACGAUCUUGAAUCUGCACGAUAAGAUUGACUCGAAGACUCUCAAGACCAUUGCUACCAAGUUCUUUAAGGAGUCUGAGAAGCAGAGUGAUAUCUUCAAGUAA